UCAGAUAAACUUUACGCUGUGCCAGCCUCACUGCCACUGGCUCCGCCCAUGGACUUCUCCGCCCAUUGCAUAAUUCUACAUCUCCACACUUUAUUUUCUCCCUUUUAUCUGUCUCUAUCCAGGGAAUGUUGAAGAAACUCGCUUCUUGUUCAUAAGUUGCUUUAGAUUGUGGAAUUAAUGGGUGGAAGACUUUCAAAACGAGCAAGUCCACGUCAGGCUUCCCCUUCAUAUUCAUGGAGCUAUCAACAGCCACCAUAUGCUCAACCAGGUCAAGAAUAUAUGGCAUACGAAAACUAUGCACCUGCACCUCAAAGUUAUGGUGGUCAAGCCCCAAACUCAGGGAGGCGGCUGGAGAGAAAAUAUUCAAAGAUAGAUGAUAACUACAAUAGUCUAGAGCAGGUUACUGAUGCACUUGCACGCUCAGGAUUGGAGUCUUCAAAUCUCAUUGUGGGUAUUGAUUUCACAAAGAGCAAUGAAUGGACAGGUGCAAGGUCAUUUAACCGAAGAAGCCUACAUCACAUUGGAGAUGAUCAGAAUCCGUACGAGCAGGCAAUAUCUAUCAUUGGGAAAACAUUAUCUUCCUUUGAUGAGGAUAACUUAAUUCCAUGUUUCGGAUUUGGGGAUGCAUCAACACAUGAUCAAGAAGUGUUUAGUUUUAAUUCGGAUGAGAGUUUUUGUAAUGGCUUUGAGGAAGUGUUAAGACGGUACAGAGAAUUGGUGCCUCAUUUACGACUUGCAGGUCCAACGUCAUUUGCUCCUAUCAUUGAAAUGGCUAUUACUAUUGUUGAGCAAAGUGGUGGACAGUACCAUGUCUUAGUUAUAAUAGCUGACGGACAGGUGACAAGAAGUGUUGAUACUCAGCAUGGCCAACUAAGUCCACAGGAAAAGAGAACUGUCGAAGCAAUUGUGAAAGCAAGUGAGUACCCCCUGUCAAUUAUAUUAGUUGGAGUUGGAGAUGGACCAUGGGACAUGAUGAAGGAAUUUGACGACAACAUCCCUGCUCGUGCAUUUGACAAUUUCCAGUUUGUGAAUUUUACCGAAAUAAUGUCAAAAAAUGUGGAUCGAUCCAAAAAAGAAGCAGAGUUUGCCCUUGCAGCCUUAAUGGAAAUACCUUCUCAGUAUAGAGCAACCCUAGAGCUCAGCAUUUUGGGUUCUACUAGAGGGAAGGCUAUAGAUAGGAUUCCCCUUCCCCCUCCUCAGUACGGUGCAGCUACAUUGAGCAACUCAAAACCUUCACGCUCAAGCAGUUUUCAUCCAAGUGCACCCUCUUCUGGUAGAUACAAUGCACAAGCAGCUGGAACAGCACCCGCACCUCCUGCAAGUUCUACAUCUGAUAAUCAUCUUUGCCCCAUUUGCCUUACCAAUGCAAAGGAUAUGGCCUUUGGUUGUGGACAUCAGACAUGCUGUGAUUGUGGACAAGAUCUUCAGCUAUGUCCCAUCUGCCGGAGUUCCAUUAACACCAGAAUAAAGCUCUACUGAAGGCCCGCAUCUCUUUGCAUUUGUCUAGAAACAAGAAAGAGCGUCAGCCAGUGGCGUUGCGCUUGCUUGUUGUAGGCUUUAGGGAAUAAAUCUUUGGAAUCUUUAGAUGAAAGGGAAGUAACUAGACUUUGUGCUUUGUAAAUAAAAUGAUUACCGCACAUAUAUUGACUAUCAAAUUAGCUAUGCAAAUUGAAGAACGGGGUGUUAAUGCUGGCUCAUAACUGGUGCAACAGUGGCUUAAUUAAAACCCAUAUAUUCAAUGCUGCAGCAGCUGCUGUUGUGAUUA